CCCUUAAAAAAUUAGUGUUAAUUGUACGGAUUAAAAUUAGCAUUGGCACAAAGGUACUGUUCACUAAAACCCUAAACCCAAGAAUCCCAACGACCAUCAGCCCACAAGCAAAGCUACAUUGCACACAACCGCCAUUUCUCAAUUAAACUGACUCUAAUUCCUUCCACUACUGUCGAGCCUACGCCGCCAAGAACCAAUUCUAACAAAAUUCUGGUGAGGAGGAAAGAGGUGACAUCAAAGGGAGGAAGCACAUGAGGAAAAAGGUUGACGAACGCAUCAGAACUCUCAUUGAGAAUGGCGUCAAAGCCCGACAUCGCUCCAUGUUCGUCAUUAUUGGUGACAAAUCACGCGACCAGGUUGUGAAUUUGAACCAUAUGUUGCGCAAGUCGGUGGUCAAGUUAAAGCCGACUGUAUUAUGGUGCUACAAGGACAAACUCGAAAUCAGCAGUCACAAAAAGAAGCGGAUGAAGCAAGUGAAGAAGUUAAUUGCGAGAGGCUUAUUCGAACCAGAGAAAGCUGAUUCUUUCUCAUUGUUUCUUGAAACAACAGAUAUCCAGUAUUGCUUAUACAAAGAUUCUGAAAGAAUUCUCGGUAACACGUUUGGCAUGUGUAUAUUGCAGGAUUUUGAAGCUUUGACACCAAACCUCCUAGCAAGGACUAUUGAAACGGUUGAAGGUGGUGGAUUGAUACUAUUGCUGCUUCGGUCUCUUUCUUCCCUCACUAGUCUUUACACAAUGGUCAUGGAUGUUCAUGAGAGGUUUCGUACAGAAUCUCAUUCUCAGGCUGCUGCUCGCUUUAAUGAACGGUUCUUACUUUCUCUGGCUUCAUGCAAAGCUUGCAUCGUCAUGGAUGAUGAACUAAACAUUCUACCUAUUUCAUCCCAUAUAAAAUCGAUCACCGCAAUUCCAGUUCAAGAGGAUUCUGAGGGGCUUUCAGAAGCUGAACGAGAAUUGAAGAAUUUGAAGGAGCAAUUGAACGAUGAUUUCCCUGUCGGUCCUCUAAUUAGAAAAUGCUGCACUAUGGACCAGGGAAAAGCUGUUGUUACAUUCCUUGAUGCAAUUCUGGACAAGAACCUUCGAAGCACAGUAGCUUUACUUGCUGGUCGUGGACGUGGGAAGUCGGCUGCUCUUGGUCUGGCAAUUGCAGGAGCUGUUGCAGCAGGGUAUUCUAAUAUUUUUGUGACUGCACCAAGCCCAGAUAAUCUGAAAACUCUUUUUGAAUUCGUCUGCAUAGGAUUCAAUAUGCUUGAAUACAAGCAUCUAACUUUGCUUCAAUUGCCUUUCAAGUUGGACAACGACACUUUUGGAUUCCUCAUAAAUCCACUUGUGUUCAAGUUGAACAAAGUAUAUAGUAUUGUGGUUGGUGUUGGAGAUUGUAUGCUAACCCGCAUAUGUUUUCAGGAGCACUUGGAUUAUGAUGUUGUGAAAGGCAUAACACCUGAAAAUAAGAAAGCAACUGUCCGCAUUAAUAUCUACAAGCAGCACAGACAAACUAUUCAGCCGAGCGGAGCUGAGCUCGAGCCUUCAGGAGCCGUCGAGCUCACGAAUCAUGAGAGUAGCAUGCUCGAUGAGUUUGAGCAUGAGCAUAUAUUUCAACAGAAUCUAGCGGCGGUACCUGCGGUGGUGACAGCAAAGCAACGACAACACCUUGACCAUUGGCUCAGGUGGAGAAGAAUAAACUCGACUUCCAGCGCUGACGAUAAUGGUCUGAUGGAUGAUGGCUAUAUAGAGCCGUGUGAACAUAAAAAGCUCUCGCAAGUGGAAUUGCUGGUUGUUGAUGAAGCAGCAGCUAUACCUUUGCCAUUAGUGAAGGCCAUGCUUGGUCCGUAUCUUGUCUUCCUCUCGUCAACUGUGAAUGGCUAUGAAGGUACCGGAAGGUCCUUAUCCUUGAAACUGCUGCAGCAGCUCGAGGAGAAAAAUCAGAUUUCGAGUAGAAGCACAGAGACUAUUAAUUCAGGCCGGCUUUUCAAAAAGAUCGAAUUGAGUGAAUCUAUCAGAUAUGCUUGUGGUGAUCCAGUUGAAUCUUGGCUUAAUGCUUUGCUCUGUCUGGAUGUUACAAACAAUAUCCCUAGUAUCAGCAGGCUACCCCCACCAAGCGAAUGUGACCUCUACUAUGUAAAUCGAGACACUCUUUUCUCCUACCACAAGGACAGCGAAUUAUUUUUGCAGAGGAUGAUGGCUCUAUUUGUUGCAUCUCACUACAAGAACUCUCCAAGUGAUUUGCAGCUGAUGGCUGAUGCUCCAGCUCACCACUUGUUUGUGCUACUUGGUCCUGUAGAUGAGUCUCAAAAUCAUCUUCCCGAUAUUCUGUGUGUAAUCCAGAUCUCUUUUGAGGGGCAAAUUUCUCAAAAAUCUGCUACGAAAAGCUUGGGUAGAGGUCAUAUGCCAGCUGGAGAUCAAAUACCUUGGAAAGUUUGUGAACAGUUCCGUGACACAGUAUUCCCCAGCCUGUCUGGUGCUCGCAUUGUUCGCAUUGCUACACAUCCAAGUGCAAUGAGGCUUGGAUAUGGUUCGGCUGCUGUUGAACUUUUGGCAAGGUACUUUGAAGGUCAACUCAGUCCAAUAUCUGAAGUCGAUGUUGAAGAUUUUCAGGAGAAUUCUCCAGUCAGAGUCACUGAAGCAGCUGAGAAGGCGUCUCUGCUUGAUGAAAAUAUAAAGCCUAGGACUGAUCUUCCUCCACUGCUUGUGCCUCUUCGUGAGAGGAGACCAGAAAAGCUCCACUACCUUGGAGUAUCUUUUGGGCUUACUCUCGACCUUUUUCGUUUUUGGAGGAGACAUAACUUUGCUCCUUUCUACAUUAAUCAUUCCCCAAAUCAAGUAACCGGCGAGCAUACUUGCAUGCUUGUGAGGCCAUUAAACAAUGAUGACAUUGAAUCUAGUGGGUCUGACCCAUUGGGGUUUUUUAGCCCGUUUUAUCAAGUGUUCAGGAAGAAGUUUACCAAGUAUUUAGCCCGUGCAUUCCGUGACAUGGAGUACAAGCUUGCCAUGAGUAUAUUGGAUCCAAAGAUCAACUUCUCAGAGUUGGAUGGUGCCUCGUCCUGUACAAGUGGAGAUUUGAGUUCUAUCAGUGGAUCAUUGUCAGCCUAUGGUAUGGCGCAACUGGAAGCAUAUACAAGCAAUCUUGUUGACCAUCACAUGACUGAAGACUUUGUGAAUGAUCUUGCACUUGCUUACUUCUGGGAGAAGAUUCCUGUUAGCUUGUCAUAUGCCCAGGCUUCCGUCUUGCUCUGCAUUGGUUUGCAGGGAAAGGAUAUCUCAGGCAUUGAGGCGGAGAUGAAACUGGAAAGCAAUCAGAUACUUUCUUUAUAUAAGAAAAUUAUGAAGAAGUUUUACAAUUACCUAAGUGGUAUUUCAUCGGAAGAACCUCAACCGACUGCUUCUCGCUUAAAAGAUAUUACAAUGGAACCUCAUCCAGUAUCUGUCGAUGAAGAUCUCAAUGCUGCAGCAAAACAAGUCCAGGAUGAGAUGAAAUCGAAGCUAGAUGGUCAACUGGAUCCAGAGCUCCUUCAACAAUAUGCCAUUGUCGAUAAAGAAGCUGAUUUUGAGAGUGCUUUGCAAAAUGGUGGUAGGAAGGUACUCUCUGGCGGUCUAAUUAGCGUCAAAUCCAGUAAAAGUAAGGUUGAGAAGAAACACGUGAAACAGUCAGAGAUGGAAAAGAGUGGGAAAAAGAGGAGUAAACAUGACCGUGGUUCCAAAUCAAGCAAGAAGAGAAAGGCUUGAUUAUUUUGGCGCUUUUUAAUAGUUUGUAUUUAUAUGUUCACCGGCAUUACAUAUAAUUCACACCUUAUCUGAUUUUUGAUAUUGUGUAUUUUGUCUUUCUACGUGACAUGGUUGUGUUUCCAAUCGUACUGUCAUGAUUCUCAUCUUGGUACUGGUUUUAAUUAGUAGGAGGAAUUGGUUAAAAUACAAAAAUAGUUACUGUUUAGUUCUUACAGUUUUUGGUGAAGCAUCUGAUGAGACAAUUUAGUACACAGAUAGUUUCAGAAAAAGGUUUGUGUUUUAUAGUAACUCAAGCCACUUCCCUGAAAAUUG